UAUCAACAGCUGUUUACUUUUAUUUCUGUCACAAUGACACAUGACUAAUGGGGUUAUAUUUGUUUCUGCAGUCAUUUUGAACCACUUUAUUAUCAUUUCGUGUAAAAUUAAACCGUUCCAAGAACAUGGCAACUAACGAAGAAAAUCAAAAUUCGACAAACAAGAAAACCAUGGAACAAUGUUACGAAAAUUACAUUCUGGUGGAUGUUGGCGCAAAUUUAACCAAUAAAAAGUACAGCAGGGACCUGGAAUCGGUCAUUCAAAGGGCACGGGACUCAGGUGUCCAAAAAAUCAUGGUCACAGGCACCUCUGGCAAGUCAAGCAAAGAAGCGCUAAGAUUGACCAGAAUCUAUCCUGGCACUUUAUAUUCGACUGCAGGAAUACACCCCCAUGACGCAAAAUCAUACACUGACGAAUCUUGGAACGAACUGAAACUAGUUGCCUCAAACCCCGAAUGUGUGGCCGUGGGCGAGUGCGGCCUGGACUACAAUCGAAAUUUCUCAGAGCCAAGUGAACAGAGACAAGUUUUUCGAAAACAUAUCGAAUUAGCGAUUGAAAUUAAUAAACCGUUAUUUGUGCACGAACGAGACGCUCAUGAAGAUUUAUUAGAGAUUUUGGAUCAGUACAAAGGUCAAUUACCUCCCGUUCUGGUGCACUGUUUCACAGGGACGGCCGAACAAGCGCUGACAUAUCUUUCAAGAGGCUUUUACAUAGGAUUAACAGGCUACUUGUGUAAAGAUAAAUCUGAUGUUGGCGUUCGUAAAUUAUUGGUAGAUGGGUCUAUACCAUUGGACAGACUCCUAGUGGAGACAGAUGCCCCGUUUAUGUACCCAAACACACGAGCUUCAAAACUACCUCUUCAUGUCAAAGAUGGUCUAACCGAAAGAUCAUUAACCUUCCUUCAUCGAUAUUGUACCUUCCAAAGGAACGAACCCUGCUCUUUGCCAGCGAUCGUCGAGAUGAUUGCGGCUUUUAUGAAUAAGAAACCGGAGGACGUGGCCUUAGCUACGUCUUUUAAUGCCUUGAAACUUUUCGGAUUGUCUCAAUGAUCCGAAAGUUGUACUAAUUAAGGGGAACAUACAAACAUAUUAUAUUUUGUCUAUUUUCGAAAUCAUGUGGGCAGCUUUAUUAAACGAAUUUAGCUAUAAUAGGGCGAAGAAUACAACGAAUCGUGUAAAUAAUUUUAGGUGAUCACCAAUGUCAACAUGUUUACCAAAAGCGGUUAUUACCGUUUUGGAACUAUAAAGUUUAUCACGUCUUAUCCUGUAUUUUUGUAGUUGGACUACGUUACGUUUAGCAACUGUUAAAGCCGAAUUGUAUAUUUUAGGUAACAUGAAAUGUAUUUGUUGACUGCUUAGUUUUAUAAUGCGGACGAAAGAUUUAUGUUGAAGUAAUAGAAUUACGCUUUGUUAAAGUAUCAUAAUUUUGAAUUGUUGAUAUAGGAAGUAUGAAAUUAUGGCGUAUAAUCAAUCUGAUGCAAUAUUUUUGUUGUUGCUGUAAUUUCGGUAGCAUGUUCUUGUAGUUUUAAUUUUAUGGACGCUGUGUAGUGUAAAAUGGCCCAUUAUUUUUGUAAUUAAUUUUCAUAUUUUAGGGGUUUGUUUGCCACAAUAAUUGCCUCUUUAUGUGAUAUUUGUUUCCAUUUUAUAGACACAAAUGUGCCUUAUCUAUUACAAUAUGAAGAAUAAAUAAGUUGUAAUGAA